AUGUGCUCUCCUUGGCCCGAUGGCGAUGAGUGCGCCGACGACAAGCCUUGCCGGAGCCCCUUGACCUGCCAGUCUGGAACAUGCGCUGUCGACCCUGGCCCCAACAAUGGCGGCGGCGGCGGCGGAGCUGGCGAUCAGUGCAGCGAAGCCAACCCCUGCCCAACCCCUCUCGAGUGCCGCAACGACGUCUGUGUCCUCCCUGGCGCGCCUGAGCUUGGCGACCUUGGCGAUACCUGCAGUGGCGAGACCCCGUGCCGCAGCCCCUUGGACUGUGUGGGAGGCAUCUGUGCCAACCUUGGCGGCGCUGGCGAUCAGUGA